AUGGAGUCGCAAUCGGCCCUGGACUCGAGCAGAUUCUCCUCCAUUGUGUCUUUGACUAGUGUUUUUUGGAUUGUCGCCCUCUGGAUUGCAUACAGGAUCUCCAUCGCUCUUUACAACAUCUCGCCCCUCCACCCGCUUUCUCAAUUCCCCGGCCCCAAGGUCGCAGCAGCAUCUUACCUCUAUGAAGCCUACUAUGAUUGGUGGCUCGUCGGGCGAUAUGGCAAAGUCAUUGCUCGUAUGCAUGAACAGUAUGGUCCCAUCGUUCGGAUCAACCCAGACGAGCUACACUGCUCUGACCCAGCUUUCACCGAUGAAAUAUACGCCGGUCCUGGACGAGUUCGCGAUAAAUGGCAACACCAGUUGAACACCGGCGGCGCUGGACCUGUUUCGAAGACAGGUUUCUCCACAGUAGCCCAUGAUUUACAUCGCGCACGCCAAGCACCGCUUUCCAAGUUUUUCUCUCGUCAGCAGAUGCUGAGAUUGGAAGGCGAGGUGUACGAUUUCGCGCUGCAGACCUCAAACAAAAUGCUGACCUCGGCCGGCAAGGGGCCUUUUGACGUGAAGGAGGCAUUCAACUGCUUCACGGCUGAUGUUAUUUCUCAGUAUGCAUUUGGCGAAUCCAUGGGUUUUAUCGCUCAAGAGGGCUGGGAGCCAAACUUUGCAACCUGGGUCAAAUCCUUCUUCAAGAGUGCGUACAUGAUGAGGCACAACGCGCUUGGCAGAAAGAUGGCUCAGGUCAUGCCUUUGAUGGCGGAUUACCUGGGCGAAGAUAUCAAGUCUGUAAUGAGACAGAUGAACGUUGUGAUCCCUGGGUAUAUCCAACAGGCUGUCAGAAACCCUGAAAAUGGGAGGGUUUUUGCCGAUUUAGUAGAAUCAAAAUCUCGACCAGCGAAUGAGACUUUGGAGGAGACCAUGUACCGACUCAAUGGCGAAGGUUUCAACUUUCUGCUUGCAGGCACAGAAACUACUGCAGCUAUCCUCACAGUCUUCACAUACUGGGUCCUCGCAAAACCCGAAGUAUAUGCACGCCUCAUGCAGGAUCUCGAGGGCUUGGACAGACACAACUUGAAGUGGGUUGAGCUUGAGAAGCGUCCAUACUUUUGGGCUAUUCUGCAGGAGUGCUUGCGAAUGAUGCCCGGUGUCUCACACAGGUCUGCAAGAGCCGCGCCCCAGGAAGAGCUAGUGUACAAGAGCGAAGACGGCAAGACCGAAUUCGUAAUCCCAAGGAAUACUCCCAUCGGAAUGACUUCGAUGAUUAACCAUUGGAACAAAGACCUGUUCCCGAAUCCCGAUGACUUCACGCCUGAAAGAUGGCUUGUCAAUGGUCAGCCCAACUAUCAGCUGCAGAAGAAGCUCAUCGCUUUUGGCAAGGGCAGUAGGUCUUGCAUUGGCGAGAAUUUGGCGUACUGUGAGCUGUACAUCAUGGCAGCUCUUAUGGCCUUCAAUGUCGUCCCAAGAUCCAAGCUUGUGGACACCACGGUGGAGGAUAUCUCAUAUGACCAUGAUCUGAUUGUCUUGCAGACCAAGAAGGGAUCGAUCUCCGUUCGUAUCGCGAUCGAUUAA